AUGGCCUACGCCGCUACCUCGUCGGCUUCGACCGUCAAUGGCGAUGCCCGUUCUAGCUUAAAACUCAUUACUUCACCCUCCAAUCCCCCCAAGCUACAUCAUGUCAUCACAUCUAUUCCACCUGCCCUCAGCCCUUCAGCACCGUCGUACGCCUCUUCUCUAACUACCACUCCGAAUUCUAUCCGCCCCGCCUACCUUCCUUCAAAUGCUUCAAGCCCUUCAGGCACACCGUUACAACUUGCCACAGACGGGCUCCGUGGACGCAUACCUCCUUUCCCUACCAUUCCCCCUACUACUUUCGAGCUCGGGGAGUCCGUGAUGGCUGUCCCAGGGAAUGCUCCUGCCUCUGGCUCGGGGGACGCAGUCAUCUCAAAUGCCAACAAAGCUCCGGGUUUGAUGCGCAGAAUCUCCCGCGGCGCCGCAAACAAGCUUACACGAAGGCGACAAUCCGCUUCUCACAACGACAAGCGUGAUCGCAGCUCUGGCCCUGUCACUAUGCGCAGACGCAGUGACAGCAAGACUGGGUCUCAAAACGGCCGCGAGAACGCACUUGAAUCUAGCAACGAGGAAGAUAGCAACGAUGCUCUUGAUUCUCUCGGCGUUUGGUGCAAACCAGAGUCAUCCAGUUUGCCCAAUGAUAAUUUUAUGACAGCCCCCCGCCAUGGCGGCACAAUUGCACCUAAGAUUGAUUCAGCUAUCCAGCGUGGGACUGUCUUGACGAAAGUCACGAAGAAGCGAAGAAAGCAAGUUCGUUUCUUCUUGGACCUAGAUGCGGGCAAGGUCUAUUGGGAUGUUUCAAAUCCCACCAAACGGUUCUACAUUGACGAUAUCAAGGAGAUUCGAGUUGGUGUGGAUGCGCGUAAUUACCGCGAGGAACAUCAGGUCCCGCAAGAUAUCGAGAAUCGCUGGUUCACAAUUGUCAUUGCCGAUGAUGAACGGUCUAAGGGUCGCGCUGUCAAAACACUUCACCUUAUUGCCCCUAAUGAUCAUAUCCUCGAGCUUUGGACGUCAACUCUUGAACAUAUCUCUCGAUAUAGGAUAGGCCUUAUGGCUGGCUUGGCUGGUUCAAGCCAGAGUGAGGCUGUCCUGAAAGCACAUUGGCAGCGCGAAAUGUCAAGAUUGUUCCCUCAUGGAGGUGAGCAGGAGAGUCUUGAUUUUGCCGCUGUCGAGAGCAUUUGUCGCAGUUUGCAUAUCAAUUGCUCUAAGAACAUGCUUCGUGCCCAAUUCUCCAAAGCCGAUGCCGCCGCAAACGGCAAGUUGAACUUCACACAAUUCCAGAACUUUGUUGCUCGCUUGAAAGAGCGGAAGGAUGUCAAGGAGAUCUUUAAGGAUAGUGCGGUAGAUGCCAAAGAUGGCUUAAGCCUCGAUGAGUUCUUGGCAUUUCUCCGCGACAUCCAGAAUGAGGACGUUGAAUCGGACCGGAGUUAUUGGGUUUCCGUUUUCGACAAGUGUGUACGCAAGUCGAAAACGCGUGUCCCAAGUAUUCCAGAAGGUGAGGAAGAGCAAGUUCCCCGAAUGGAUCUGGACGCAUUUUCUUCUUUCCUCGCGUCUCCGUGGAAUGGAAUAUAUGCCUCUCGUGCUCCCCAGUCCCGAUUCGAUCGCCCCUUGAAUGAGUAUUUCAUCUCGAGUUCGCACAACACCUAUCUCUUAGGCCGUCAGGUUGCAGGUGCAUCUAGCACAGAAGCAUAUAUAAGCGCCUUACAAAAAGGGUGCCGAUGUGUAGAAAUCGACUGUUGGGACGGCGCUGAUGGCCGGCCGAUUGUGUCUCACGGAAGAACCAUGACCACUAGCGUUUUGUUUGCCGACUGCAUUACUGUCAUUAACCGCUACGCGUUCAUCACUACUGACUUUCCGUUAAUUUUAUCCCUCGAGGUUCACUGCAACCCGGAGCAACAGCUGGCGAUGGUAAAAAUCAUGAAGGAUGCCUUUAAAGAGCAACUCGUACUGGAGCCACUCUUGACGAACAGUUUUGUUCUUCCAUCGCCCGAGGAGCUUAAGGGACGCAUUCUUGUCAAGGUAAAGACCUGUGAUGAGAUCCAAGAAGACACACGACAGGAACCAAUUGGCGCAUUUGUCGUCCACGGCCGGAAACGCAGCGCGAGCUCCCCCUUUAUGCGUCCGACGGUAUCCGAAAACCCUGCAAUCACCAGCCUGCCUCCUCUGUCGAGCCCUCCGACGCUUGGGUUGGAUACUGUUAACUCGUUUUUGACGCAAGAUAGACGGUCAUUUACAACUACCAGUAUCAGCAGUGCCACAGAGGAUAGCGAUGGCGCUUUAGCGAGCAUCAGGAAAGAAAAGAACAGGCGCCAGAAGAGCAAGAUUACCAAACCGUUGUCGGAUCUAGGGGUCUACACUCGCGGGUACAAGUGGCAUAGCUUCUCGUCCGCUGAAAGUCAACGGUAUAAUCAUGUGUACUCUUUCGCAGAGCGAUCAUUCGAAGGUAUUUGUCGUGACUUCGACAACAAGGUUCUCUUUGAAAAGCACAACCGAAAGUAUUUGACUAGGGUCUAUCCGUCCGGCUUCCGCUUGAGAUCUUCAAACUUCGAUCCCCUUAAAUUCUGGCGACGCGGCGUUCAGAUGGCGGCUUUGAAUUGGCAGACAUACGAUAUUGGCAUGCAAAUGAACCAGGCUAUGUUUGCUGCUGGGACCGACCGCACUGGCUAUGUGCUUAAGCCGGAGUCUCUUCGCGCUUUGGGCCCAUCUGAUGAAGAGAAAACGAAGAUCACGGAGCGAAAACUCGUUCGAUUCUCGGUAGACGUUAUCUCUGCCCAGCAACUUCCUCGCCCUCGCAGCAUUGGCCCCGAUGAUAAUAUCAAUCCCUACGUGGAAAUCGAAAUGUUCAGUGCAGAUGAUCGAGGCCAAAGCUUCGUUUUUGGUGAAGGUGGCAUGAACGCGUCCGCCCGCAACGGCAUGUCGGGUAUCGGGUAUCCACAUCGCCGGCGCACAAAGAUCGAGCAGAGCAAUGGGUACAGCCCGAUCUUCAAUGAUCGCUUUAGGUUGUCGUUGGAGACUAAAUAUCCCGACCUAGUAUUCGUUCGCUGGACUAUCUGGAACUCACAGGAUGGGCGCAGUGCAGGAAGCAAUAGCAGUGUUCAACUUGCCACCUACACUGCAAAACUCAGCAGCUUAUCCCAAGGUUACCGCUACUUGCCUUUGUAUGAUGGUGGUGGAGACCAGUAUUUGUUCUCGACCUUAUUCUGCAAGAUUACCAAAGAAGAUCCGGUGUCUGUUCAGCGGCUUGAUGCUGAAGAACUAAGAGCAGAGCGGAUGGGUAUUCUCCGACAGAUCGGUCAGACUGUUUUCAAGCGCGCAUCGUCCACGGAACGUGAGAAGAGCAACGAGAUGUCAGCAAGCGCAGAGGAUAAGGAUAGCUCUCCUGACCUGACCCCGACUGUUUCUGCAGCGUCUACUUCAUCAUUGCCUCCUUAA